AUGGGCCCUAUUGCCAAAUGGUUGGUGAUUGAUCUCCUUGAACACUCGGAUCCGCAACAUUUUCUUCUUGUGAAGGACGGUGUCACUGUGAAAGGCAACCGCGCGAGGAAUGGUGUGGGUCACGUGGGGCGAAUAAUACUUAUACGGAAGGAGCAGACUGAAUGUGAGGUGGUUGAAGAUGAGAAUGACACAAAAGACUCCGCUCCGUCUUUGAACCUCCUAUUCGCGGAAGAGAUGACAGGAAACGAGGUCCCUACCCCAUCCAAGCGGCAGGAGAGCGGAGAGUAUUUUUUAAUUUGGGCACCGUAUUCGUUUUUUGAAUUUUGCACUCACAAUGCGUUGCGGCCGAGACCCGAUGUUUCCCCUGGCGCUACUGCCUCUACUGUGGAGUCCUUAGAGUGGAGGUACAUUAUGUGUGUGGCUGUAAAGAACAUUGCGAAGAUCCGGAGGUGCUCUCUCCCAGACGGAACGCGUGUGAUUGAAUUGUUUUUUCUUGACGGCACGACGGGGCAUCCGCUGAUCUUCCUUAAUGGUGGCGUCACGAAGUUCCUUGACGCUUUAAGGGGCAUCGCACCCCUGCGGCAGAGUAGCGUUACCGCGGACGAGUUCCUUUUGUACGCCAAUGACGAUGCGGAAUUGGGAGCCAAUGACGGUUACAGAAGUGUGAGUAGGGCCAGAAGUAGCGGCGGUGGGCUCAACAGUGAGAAGCGAGCUUCAUUUGAUGGGCAAGAGCGUGGUGGUUUCUAUUCUGUGCCGGCUUUCUUGGAAGGCCUCACGCAGCCCGAUGACAUGGAGCAGAUGCUGUAUGAACGCCGUGAUGUAUCCCGUAUUCCACGUCUUUUUGCCACACUCGCCACGAAAAUCGGUGAGGUGCGUUUGCGGCGCUCCCGGCAUUUGAUACAGAAUUAUGGAAAGAGCAUGUCCACUUACCCCGUCUCCUCUUCCCCCACGCAUACAGAAGACUCGCGGACGGAGGAGCCGUUUGAGUUUGUGGAAGAACUUAUCCCAGUGGAGUACCAAACCCCUCAGAUUCCUGAGCCACGAAACCGUACAAUGGGACCCCCACUCACAGCGGAGAUGUGGAACAGCUGUUUCAUUGGAGAGGAACGUCGCAUCGACCGGAACCGUUACGCCAAGGCAAUGGCGAUUGCCCAUGCGGGUGGAAUAGAAAGGGACAUUCGGUUGCAGGUGUGGUGCUUUGCACUUCACAUCUACCCAGAUGUGUUGGAGUCUACAGAGGCUCAGAGACAGUCUGUACGUGACGUCUAUAAGAGCAUGUACGAGCGACUUAAGGAGCAGUGGAAGGGCAUAUUUCCAGAACAAGAAUGCCACUUUUCUGCCUUUCGUGAAAUGCGUACCUCCAUUGAAAAGGAUGUGAUACGCACGGAUCGGUCUCAUGAAGCCUACGUGGAUGCUGAUGGCGUGAAGCAACGCAUGCUGUACAACGUUUUAAUGACACACGGGAUGUUAAAUUUUGAUUUGGGCUAUUGUCAAGGGAUGAGUGAUGUUCUCUCCCCUAUUGCCAUUUUGGCCGAGACAGAGGAGGAAGCAUUUAUGUGUUUUUCCCGUUUCCUAUCUGAGCGUUGCGAGGGUAACUUCCGGAAGGAUGUUAAAGUAGGCAUGAAACAGCAGCUGGAAAUGUUGCAGGUACUUGUUCGUUUUUUUAUACCACGGCUUUACAAUCAUUUGGUACGGCAAUGUGCAGAGGAGAUGUCAUUUUGUUUUCGCUGGUUACUCAUGUUUUUUAAACGUGAAUUUUCCAUUGAUGACACAAUGCUAUUGUGGGAUGUCAUUCUGACUUGCCCCUACACGCCACAGUUUGAGUUGUUUGUCACAGCAGCACUACUGAAGGCCCUGUCACCGCAGAUACUCGAGCAGCACCUGACACACGAUGAACUUCUGAAGUUUACAAACGGCAUCGCUGGGAAGUUAGACGUCCGGCAUGUUAUCCUGUUGGCGCAGGAUUUCUACGAUGGAGUUGCCAAAUGCGCCAUGGCAAUGGAGCGGAAAGAAGCCGCCGUGGGGAAUAACCACCGACCGGCAAUAAGUGAAAUUUUUUCGUUGUUGACCCUUGCUGAGUUGGAGGACUCUCAUGCAGUCUCGAGACUUGGCUUUUGA